AUGGCGAAGUUGCAUUACGCUCUGCUCCUACUCAUUUCUCUCAUUUCCCACUCCAAUGCCGACAUCAAAACCCUAAGCCUAACUUCCGAUCCUCGUCCGAUCAUCCUUCUCCAUACAUUCGCCUUCACAGACUUGGGCCGGGUUACAAUCUCCGCUUCUGAUGUCUCCAUCAGUCCAUUACUCCGUCGAACGGAUUCUUCUCGUUUGGGCUUUGUCCUUCUCCCGGAGGAAGCUCUCUUGCAAUUCUUCCACGAAAUCCGAGAAAACCCUAAGUUCUGCAUCCUCGAUUCCCACCGCAGCGUCAAUCUCUUCACCUUCCGCAACGUGUCUCGUCCGCUACGCAGCCAUUUUAAAAGAACCUAUCCCGUUACUUAUCCCAGCGGAUACUACUUCCUGUUCUUUGCCAACUGCCAUCCGGAUGUCCGUGUAUCCAUGAAUGUCCACACUGAAUUGUACAAUCUCGAUUUGGACGGCUCCAAGAAUUACCUCCCGCUUGGACAAUCGACGCUAAUUCCACUCUUCGUCGCGUUCUCUCUUGCUUACUUCUUUGUCUUAGCUCUCUGGGUCUAUUACUGCCGUUGCAACAAGGAAUCCACGAAUCGGGUCCAUCGCUUGCUCAACGGACUAAUUAUGGCGAAAACACUGAGUCUCAUCUAUGCCGGGCUGGAUAAGUACUCCGUUAAACUUACUGGGUCACCUCACGGUUGGGAAAUCUCGUUCGAAGUUUUUCGAUUCCUGUCAUCACUUAUCAUCGCGGCAUUGAUCAUAAUUGGAUUCUCGUUCUUCAAGCAGUUCUUGCCAGAGAAGUCGGCUAAGGUAUGGAUCAUCCCCAUCGCGCUCCAGGUUCUCUCCAAUCUAGCUUUCCCUUUUGCAGUCAUGAUGGGAGACACUGGGCCCUGGGUGGUGUUGGGGCUGGCUUUGCUGGACAUGAUCUGCACGUGCACCAUCGUUGUUACCGUGGGGAGGUCUAUUUGGUUGCUGAAGGAGGCUGCAAAGACUGACGAGAAGGUGGCGAUGAAAUUGGCGAAGAUUAAAAAGUUUGCCUUGGUCUAUGCCUUGGCAAUCGGUUAUUUUUAUGUCGCACCGAUGGUAGCUCUGGUAUUGAACUGCUUCAUUGCAACUAGGUACAAGUGGGUGAGCAACGCGGUGCAGGAGGGUGCGAAUCUAACGAUUUAUGUGGUCACGCUUCGCAUGUUUAGGCCUGUCAAUGAUUACACCAUUCUUGACGCACAAGAUGAGAUGGAAGAAACAAUGGCUGUAGCAUAUGAAGAGUCCGAGGUUUGA